AAGGAGGGAAGGAAAGAAGCGCGCACAUAAUAAACAGGGAAAGCAACACGUAACCUCCCAUACUUAACACGGCAACUCCUCCCUCCCUCCCUCCCUCCCUCCCAUCGCAUUCGCAUCGGUCACACCAUGGCGUCGACGCCCCGGACUCCCGCGCCGGUGAGACCGCCCCCGCCCCCGCCACUGGAGCCGCCGCCCUCGCCGCCGGGCGAUGAGUACCACACGCCGCCGCCGUCGCUGGGCGAAGCGUCGCCGCGGGAGGAGACCAAUUCGACCAACUACGGGAGUGAACCUGCCAACAGCCCGCCGCUCUCGCCCGUGCGCUUACCCUUGCAGCACCGCCUGCCGCCGCCCAACUCCCCCACCGGCCAAAACGGGCAAGAGAGCGUCACCGCCGCGGGGCCGGCGGCGGCCCGCCCGCAGCUGCGCCUGGCCACCGGCCUCGUCCGGACGCCGUCGCACGGGUCGCUCGCCAGGUCCCCGUCGCCGUCGCCGACGCCGCUGUCACCGCUCACUCCCGCUCCUGCUGUCGCCAGGUCCCCGUCGCCGUCGCCGACGCCGCCGUCAUCUCUCACUCCCGCUCCCGUGCCUGCGAUCAACAGCAGGAGCGGCCAGAGCACGCCAAAGCGCGCCGAGGCGUGGAAGCCGCCGGCGUCGCCCGUCGCGGCGGCGAUCGCUGUUCAGUUCGACCCGGUCGAGGAGGCCGUCACGUCGCCGCUGCGCGUUGGCAAGGCCCGGCUCGACCAGCAGCAGCGCGCGACCGUCACGUCGUCCCUGCGCAUCGGUAAGGCCCGGAUCGACCAGCAGCAGCGCACGGCGAUGGCGGCGGCUGAGAAUGGGAACGCAGCGACCACCGCGGUGCCUCCCGACGUGGCGGCCGUGGCGGCGGUCGGGGAGAGGAGGGAGCUGUCGGUGGCUCUGCGGCUGGCCACGGCACUGCUCAGCCUGGCGGCCUUCUCGGUGAUGGCCAGCGCCCGGACGUCCGGGUGGGCCGGUGACGACUACGCCCGCCACGAGCAGUACAGGUACGCUGUCGCGGUGAACGUGAUCGUUUGCGUCUACUCAAUCGCGCAAUCAUUCGGUGAAAUCCGCCGCCUGAUUUCACCGAGGUUUAUUUUCCGGAGCAUGUCAAGCUAUUACGUCAGUCUGUUCCUGGACCAGGUACUGGCGUAUCUCCUCAUGUCGGCGUCGUCGGCGGCCGCGUCUCGCAACGAUCUGUGGGUGUCGAGGUUUGGAACCGAUCCCUUCAACAAGAAGAUCAGCAGCGCGGUGUGGCUGUCGUUCAUUGGGUUCUUGACGCUCGCUGCAAACUCCCUCGUCUCCACGGCUAAUCUCUUCAGCAUGGUCUGAGCAGAGUGAUCGCGCCAUUGUCGGAAUUCAGUAUUAGUUGUGUUCAUCAUGUAAAUUUUGGAGUACAUAUUGUUGCGAAUUAGGCGGAAAUAUACAUCAUACACGCUGUUCUUGGAUUGGGCCAUCAGGAAUUAUUUCGUAACUAGUCAUUGCACAGUGCACAUCAGAACGAACUACGCCCAAGGCAAUAUGUGGUUGUGUGCUAUUGCAACACUGCUGCAUGAUCCUAUUUGAUCCAGUGAACAAAUGUACUCUGUCUCUGGAGAAACAGGCUUGCUCUGAACCAAGAGCAAUUCUACUGUAAGACUCUUGACGAAACCAUCUCAAACAUCUGAAGAA